GCUAUUUAAAUGCCAACAGUCUUACUGUCAAAACAGCCUACAACAACAUGAUGGACCUGUUUGAGACCAACACUUAUUUUUUCAACGAUUUACGUUAUCUCGAGGCGGACCAUGGGACCUUGGAUAUGCCUGGAGUGUCCCCACUCUAUGAGGGGAAUGACAGCCCUCUGUCUACGGGACAGGAUCCGGUCCCGUCCGAGACAGGGUGCGAGAGCAGCGGGGAGGAACACGUCCUCGCGCCGCCGGGGCUCCAGCCUCACUGCGAUGGUCAGUGUCUUAUGUGGGCUUGUAAGAUCUGUAAAAGAAAAUCCGCGCCGACCGACCGGCGAAAGGCCGCCACUCUGAGAGAAAGGAGGCGGCUUAAAAAGAUCAACGAAGCGUUUGACGCGUUAAAGAAAAAGACGGUGCCCAAUCCGAACCAGAGGCUGCCCAAAGUGGAGAUUUUACGCAGCGCGAUAAACUACAUCGAGAAACUACAGGACCUGUUGCAUACGCUAGAUGAGCCAGAACAGAACUCUGACAGUGACCCUUACACAUACAACGUGAAAGAAAACCAUGUGGCUCCCAAUGAGUAUCACUGGAAAAAGAGCUGCCAGAACUGGCAGGGGAUUCCAGAUCAUUCCAGCUCCCAGGUGGCCGGUCACCGAGAAGAAGCCGCGGUGGAGUCUUCAACGUCCAGCAGCCUUCGUUGCCUCUCCUCAAUUGUUGACAGCAUUUCCACUGAAGAGACGAAAGCUCGCUGUCCCGACCAGAUCCCAGAAAAGUGAAGCACGAGCAUCCACCUCACAUUUCCUACCUAUAUUUUUUCCAUGAGCUCAGUCAUGCUUAAAUAAUGCAUAACAGAUCAUGUUGAUUAUAUAUGAAAAUAUAUGUUCACAAGAACAUUUCUUUAUCCUCAUAGCAUUUCUUGGCUUUCUGAAUGGAACUAUGUGAUCUGUUACGCAUUGUAUAAAUAAAUAAUGUAUUUAUUACAUUGCAAAAUAUUAUUAUGAAGUGUUCCAAUGUAAUAUUUAGAUUUUUUUUUUUCUCAUAAAUGACCAUUCAGUGUAGUUGCUGCAGCUAAUUCCAGGUUAAUUUCAGGGUCAUUGAUAUCAGCAAAAUGAUUGCUGUCAAUUUAUAUAGUCUUUCUAAAAUGUACAUAUUUUGUAAUUUAUUGCUGUUACUUAAAUUAUUUUAUAACUUAACAAGAAAAGUAGAGCACUUGAUCAUUACCGGAUAUGUUUCAUUAAAAAUAUCAAAGAUG